AUGUACAUACUGAUGAAAUGACAAAUGUGAUUAAUUUUUGGCGCCAAAAACAAUGAACAGAACGAAUGUGCUUCCCGCCGUAACACCUUCCCCUCCCCUUAAAUGUCGAUAACAGAAACAAAAAUUACUACACACAAGAAAGAGAGAAGUGGAAAAAUGGGAAAGGAGAAAAAUUACUGGCUACUCAAAACAGAGCCGGGGGAGUGGUCGUGGGACGAUCAAGCUGCCAACGGGGGGUUGUCGAAAUGGGACGGGGUGAGAAACAAGCAAGCGCAGAAGUACAUGAAGGGCAUGGGCGUGGGAGACCUGUGUUUCUUCUAUCAUUCGGGUGCGAAAUCCCGCCGCGUAGUGGGGGUGGUUGAGGUGGUGCGGGAGUGGUACGAGGAGGGUGGCGGUGCGGUGGACGUGAAGGCCGUGGGGGAGAUGAAGACGGCGGUGGGGCUGGCGCAGAUGAAGGAGGAGUUGGAGGGGGUGGAAUUCUCGCUGUUCAGGCAGCCGAGGCUGUCGGUUCUGCCGGUGGAGAAAGGUGUUUGGGAUAAAAUCUGUGUGAUGGGGGGUGGAUAUGAGGGGAAUGACGGUGAGGAGGAGUGUGACGAUUAGUGUUUGAUGGUUUGCCUCAAUGAAGGUGGGGGAGUAGUCGGAACGGUCGAUGGUGCUUGUUCAUACUACUCAUAGCCGUAGUGUAUAUGUUACUUUUGAUGGGUAUGAGCAAUAGUAAAACGGUUUUGUGCCCUAUUGUGGAUAGUCUGCAAGGCGUAAGGCCAUCUCUUUUGACUAUGUAAAUUACAAUUAGAAUCAUCUCUUGACUAUAACUCCUUUUUCAGUUUUCAUUUAUGCUCUUAACAUAUGGUUGGCAACCCUUUCCAGAUGAAUUUUCUAUUUCAAAUCCUAGCGCAUUCACAAAUCAAUUAAAGGGCCGUGUUGCUGCUACAAAUCAAUAAAAAUGUCUUGAUGAUAAUAUCAUAUGUUUAGUACUUAAGAAAUAUUUCAAUUUGGUUCUUGUUUAUGCAAUUCUUGAAAUUUAAUUUAUUAUAAUUACUUUAAAAUUUGUUUUACUCGUAAUUACUUUAAAUUCUUCCUUUCGAAUUUAACUUUAUGAACCCAAUAAAAAGAAUAAUACGCAAUUUAAUUCCUUCAAAUCUUUUCAAACAAUUUAACAUAAACAUAUUAUAAUUUUCUUAUGUAAAGCAAAUCCUACUAACCAUUUCCCUGCACUCCUGCUUCUUACGACCUGAAAGACCCUUGACGCGAUUUCUACAGUCAAUUUGUCAUCAAGUUCAA